CCUGAUGAUGGCGCCACUUUGUCACUGCUAUCAAGGAGGGGAAGAUUUAGGCCCCCGCCCAUGUCAUGGCUCUACAGUUUGACUUUUGAUGGAAAAAUCCAAGAAAAAAGCAGGAUUAUCUUUUAAUGAACAUUUCUGCUAAAUAGAUCCGGGAUCCUAAAUGAACACCAAAAGUGGAAAGAAAAGAUGUUCCUCCUCAUCAUAGUUUGUAAUCUCAGCCUUCAGCAGUCACACCUGUCAAUUCUCUGAUUUGUUUUGUUGCCAGAGUAACUAAGAAGUGCAGAAGGCUGUUGAGAAGGAUGUCGCCGAGUGUCAAGGACAACAUGAAGAACCUGUUUCUUCUUCUUCUGGCGGCCUUUGGACUUUGUUGGACCCAAUACAAGACCAAUCCGAAGCCUGUAAGGACAUCUAUUGUCCACCUCUUUGAAUGGCGCUGGAUUGACAUUGCUCUUGAAUGUGAACGUUACUUGGCCCCAAAUGGAUUUGCGGGUGUCCAGGUUUCUCCUCCAAAUGAAAACCUUGUCGUCACGAGUCCCUGGAGGCCGUGGUGGGAAAGAUAUCAACCAAUCAGUUACAAGUUAUGUUCACGUUCUGGAAAUGAAAAUGAAUUUAGAGACAUGGUGGCCAGGUGCAACAAUGUCGGAGUGCACAUCUAUGUGGACACUGUAAUCAACCAUAUGUGUGGCUCUGGGGCUGGCUCUGGGAACCGGGGGACUUGUGGCAGUUAUUUCAAUGCAGGGACCCGAGAUUUCCCAGCUGUUCCAUACUCUAGCUUUGAUUUCAAUGACAAGAUAUGCAAAACACCCAGUGGCGAUAUAGAGAAUUACAGUGAUCCUGUUCAGGUUCGCAACUGUCGCCUAUCUGGUCUCGUCGACCUCACGCAAAGGAGGGAUGACGUGCGUUCAAAAAUGGCCGACUACCUCAACCACCUGAUUGAUAUUGGUGUAGCAGGGUUCCGAAUCGAUGCUUCCAAGCACAUGUGGCCUGAGGACAUCGCUGCUAUUUUAAGCAAAGCACAUGACCUCAACACACGGUGGUUUGCCAAAGGUUCGCGGCCUUUCGUCUAUCAGGAGGUAAUUGACUUGGGCGGUGAAGCGGUCCGGAGCUUUGAAUACUUCAGAAACGGCCGGGUGACUGAGUUUAAAUAUGGCGCAGAACUCGGGACAGUCCUCCGCAAAUGGAACGGAGAAAAGAUGGCAAAUUUAAAGCGCUGGGGAGAAAACUGGAGUUUGAUGCCUUCUGAUAAAGCCAUUGUCUUUGUAGAUAACCACGACAACCAGAGGGGCCAUGGAGCUGGGGGAGCCUCCAUUCUUACUUUCUGGAACCCAAGACUCUAUAAGAUGGCAGUUGGGUUUAUGCUUGCUCACCCCUACGGAUUUACACGAAUAAUGUCAAGUUACAGGUGGCCAAGAGUUAUCCAGCAUGGAAAGGACCUAAAUGACUGGGUUGGACCACCGAGCAACAGUGAUGGAUCUAUUAAACCUGUUACGAUUAACACAAAUGGCACCUGCGGUAACGGCUGGGUCUGCGAACAUCGUUGGAAUCAAAUAAGGAACAUGGUGACAUUCCGAAAUGUAGUGUACGGCCAACCUCUUACGAGGUGGUGGGAUGACGACAACAACCAGGUGGCAUUUGGACGUGAUGGCAAAGGAUUCGUUGUGUUUAAUAAUGAUGACAGCGCCUUGUCGGUAACGUUACCAACCGGUCUCCCCCCUGGCACUUAUUGUGAUGUUAUUUCGGGACGAAAGGAAGGCAACCUCUGCACUGGAAUGCAAAUCCGCGUUGCUGCUAAUGGCACUGCUCAUUUUCAACUUCACAGCCAAACUGAAAAUCCAUUCAUUGCGAUUCAUGUCGAAGCCAAGCUGUAAUCCACACUGAAUCUCUUUUUGUUUGUUUUUCAGUCUUAGUUCUACUAAGCUUUAUGAAGCUAAAUUAAAGUAAAAUGUAAAACCUCAUAAAUUAUCUCUAGAUGAAUAAAAGUCACUUGUGGCUCAGCUUAUUUGGUUCUUUUCUGAUUAAUUUUAGAAUUCCUAUCUCAUUCGUCCUUCAAAAAAGGUAAGUCCUGCUGGAUGAGAGCAGUGUGCCAUCUUAGUGUGUCAUCUUGUUCUUAGCAUCACCCAGCCACAUACCUCUGGGAAACUCACAAAGUACGAAGAGAACACCUUUCUCCAUCACCGCCAUUCUAUGUCCCCCAAACAAGCUUCCCCUUGCUCUUCAGAUCUUUGCUGUUUUUCUUUUGAUCUCAUGUGGAUUUUGUGUGCACUAAGAAGACUUCUUUUUGUUUAUAUUUAGAUAUUUAGGUAUGCAUAAGUAAACCCCAAAGAUGUGCAGAUUUUUUUAUUUAAAAAAUGCAAGUCAACAAACACUAAAUGAGCUCAGUCGUCCUUGAGCAGUGAUGGACU